AUGGCGCCCCACGAGUCCAUCAACCAUUCGGAGACCAACAAGCCCAAGCCUUUUGAGCUUUUCUUGCUCGAUCCCGAUCAGAAGAAGAUCGAGGAGAAGAUCUAUGCUGGCAUGUCCAACACCUCUGAUUUCAUCUUGAACAAGGAAGACCACACUUUGGGCAAUCUACUCGCCGAGUACCUCAAGAGACACCCCAAGGUUCUCAUGUGUGGCUACAAGGUCGCCCAUCCCAACGUCCCCGAGGUCCUGAUCCGUGUUCAGACCGAUGGCACCAUCCAGCCCAAGGAGGCUCUCCUUUCUGUCUGCAAGCAGCUCAUUGCAUCUUACGGUCACCUUGCUCGCGAGUUCACUCGAGAGUACGAGCUGCGCAAGAUGGUCUCGGCCGGCAACCAGGACCAGAACAACACUGGCGGUUACUAG